AUGGACUUUGUUGCACAACAAGCAGGUGGCUAUGAGAAUGUUGGGUUCAUACAGAAGGACAUGUACAACCAUUUUGGGACUGAACGUAGAGUGCAAGUUGUCGAUGGCAACGCAGAAGGUGUUUUGGCUUACUUAUGUGGUAAAGAAGAGCAAGAUCCAAUGUUUUAUUAUAAAUAUGGUGUAGAUGAAGAAAAUCGAUUAAAUAAUUUAUUUUGGACUAAUGGUGGAUCUCGAACAGAUUAUAUGUAUUUUGGUGAUGUGUUGGUGUUUGAUACUACGUAUCGGACAAAUGUGUACAACAAACCUUUUGUGAUGCUACAAGCUUCCGAGACAGUAGAGACAUACAUAUGGGUGUCAGAGAAAUUUCUUGAUGCAAUGGAUCACAAGAUACCUCUGUCUGUAAUCACUGACGGGGAUAAGGCCAUACGUAGAGCAAUCAAAACAGUUAUGCUUACUGCUCGACAUCGAUUAUGUAAAUGGCAUCUUAAAAUGAAUGCUCUUUCCAAUAUCCACAUAGAGGGAUUUCUUCAUAGCUUUGAAAAAUGCAAGUCAAUGCAAUGUACACAAGAAAUGUUUGAGUUAGAGUGGAAGAACCUUGUAGAUAAGUAUAGCCUUCAUAAUAACAAGUGGAUUGCAGAUGUGUAUUGCAAGCGUACUCUAUGGGCUGAAGCAUACCUCCAUGGACAUUUCUUUGUUAGUGCAAAAAGCACGCAACGUUGUGAGAGUAUGACUGCAUUUUUGAAUCGAUUCCUAAAGGAAAUGGAACAAAAGGAAAAAGCAAUGUUGAAGGGACAUGUUUGCAUUUUGGUGUUGGUGAUCCUCCCUUUACAAAGACGAAGGGGAGUCGUUCUGUUGCGAAAGAUAAGUUUUCAAAGCCAAGGAAAUGUGGUCAUUGCAGAGGUAAAGUGUCCAAAAUUAGAAAAUGAGAAUAUUGAUUCUUUUCCUACACAAGAUACUUAUGUAUCAGGGGCAAGCAUGUUACACCAAGAAGGUGGUUUUAAUGUCGACCUUACUUUUACUAAUAGUGACUACAAUAUAAUAGGAUGUGGUUCCAAUGAGCACCCUACUUUUGCUGGAAUUGACUACAAUAUAAUGGGAUGCGAUUCCAAUAUCUAUCCUAACUUUGUGGUACGUACAUGCUCAGAAACUCCUGACAACAUUUAUGGUCAUGUCAUAGGAGAGACAAUUGACUUGUCCAAGUGA